GUGGGGCUAUGUAAGUGGCGCUCGUGGGGGAGAACGGCAAUUUUUGCGUGACAUAGGACAUAGAGCUAUAUUAAGUUUGUUGACCAGUUGAUUGCUCAUUUCUCCCAGAUCAAGAUAUUAGACAUGCUUGGGAAGAUAACAUUGCCAAGAACUACCAGUGUCAGCCUGAAUGACAGGUUCUCGACGCUCCGCCAGCUGCGCGAGAACCAGCAGCAGGAGGAGCGGCUGCACCAGCACGCCAGUUCACAAGCCAGCCGACAUCAGCAGCAGGAGGUGCGGCUGCGCCAGCACACCAGCUCACAGGCCAACCGGCACCUGGCUGAAGAGAUGGAGCAGCGGCCGGCCGUCCGUGCCGGCUUGAUUCACCCACAGCGCGUGGCGCCGGCCGCGCCGGCCUCGCCGCCCCAGAAGCGGCUGCACGUGAAGCAGCGGCUGGCGAUCCAGGCGCGGCUGGGUGUGCUGCGCACCACGCCCGCAGGUGGCGCCCUGGUUGGCCGGCUCGGACGCGGCCGCGCGCCCCAGGCCAAGAGGCUACAGACGGCGGCGCGCGCACGGUCGCUAACGGGCCUGCCAGGCGGAGCCUCCUCUAGCUCUGAUUACGCUCCGGACUCUGACGUCACGUGA